AUGUCUCUGUUAAGCUCAAACUACUCCGAAGAGUUUAUAAAUAGUUACCUCAAGGAACUAAACAUAGAAACAAUAAACAUCAUGAUACCAGCCAUUGUGUUUCUGGUAGGGAUUGCCGUUCUUGGUGCUGUGGGGAAUUCUCUGGUGCUGAUCUUGUACUGGAGGAAACGGACGUCGAGACCGAAUAGGAUUUUUAUCCUGACAUUGUCCAGUUUCGAUUUGCUGACCAACGUUUUUGUCGUGCCAGAGGACAUCUACGAUAUGUUUGACUACUGGACGUUCAACAGACCCGCUCUCUGUAGGGCCAGACAUUACCUGUACACCUGCAAUACCAUCGCCUCGUCACUGGCACUGCUGGCCAUAUGUGUGACCAGGUAUAGAAAAAUAUGCAGACCUUUUGGAAGACAAGUAACGGUAACUCAUGCCGUAGUGGCGUGUAUCGUCCUCACAUUUCUGUCCCUUUUAUUCUCCGUUCCCACUGCAAUCAUGAACGGCGUCAAAACAUCGAAGACACCACACGAAGGUAUCUAUGGUUACCAGUGCGGCUACCAAGACGUAUACUUAAAAACAAAAUGGCCGAUGAUCAACGCUGCAUUUUUUAUUCUGCUGUUUAUUUUAGUCUGCACUCCUCUAGUUGUCCUGUACAUCCUUAUAGGUGUAAAAGCCAGGCACCAUAAGAGUUUCAGGAUCAGUUCCGUGGCGUCUAGAAGCUACUCAAUGACCAGUUCUAGUGAAGUCAGGGAAACCGUAUCAAAAUUAACGGAGGAAGUAAACAAUGAAAGUGUGUGCGCAGAGGACGCUAAGGCCGAAAUCUCCGUUGCAACGAGCAGCUUGGAUACGUACAAGACUACGGACGUACACGAUGAAGUAUUUACUUAUACACGACCUAAACAAGACGAGACUACCAUGUCAAGUGAUAAGUACGCAGAAAAUUCGUCUUUCAGAAUCCAGUCGGCUCCGAAUAAAAAAAAUAAUAAAGAACAAAAUUCAUAUAGAAUGCGAAAGAAAAGUUCAAUUUUAAACAGAGGUCGCAGUGAAUCGCAAGUCUCUACCAUAAGUGUGAGAAAGAGCAACCGCACAACGGUGAUGCUAGCUUCGAUAACCAUAGUCUUUAUCUUGAGUUUCCUCCCCUUUCUGGCCGUAUUGUUCUACAAGUUUGCCGCCCCUGAAAGUUUCAAUCGUCUCAGUCCUGAGGUCGAGUCACUGUGUCACUUGUUGCUGAGGUCAUACCUGCUCAACACGGCGGCCAAUCCGGUCAUCUACAACCUGUGUGACGUCAACUUCCGGAGGGAAUGUUUCAAACUGCUCAAGUUCUGGUAGCUCAUUGCUAGCAGCAAGGAUAACCAUAUCGUGUUUGUCGACAGCUGGGUGUUAAUACAAUUUAAUAACCUGUGGUUUAGGGAUCAUCCAUAAACAACGUAGCUUUUUCUGUUUUAAAAAAUAUAUUUACUAAGCUGUCUCAACAUUUAAGUGUAUUAACCAAUUAUGCAGAUCUACUUUGUUUAGAAGACACACGCAAGAACGGUUAAAAUUCAGUCUCUAGCAUUACUUUUAUAAAAUGCAAAUCUUUAU